GCUGCUACUGUCGUUGUCGUUGCUGUUGCUGUGCCGCCGGUCGGAUCAUGUUGCGUUGGUUAUGACGGGGUUUGUCCUGAAGCUAGCAUUACACUCUUCAUUCUAUAUUCCCGACUUGACGCGGAGACUUAUCGUCGUUAUCGGUGUCGUUGAUCAACCUCUUUCUGCUUUUUCUACACACACAUCACUCGCAACCUACCUACCUAUAUACACCUUCAUAUUGUCGUAAUCCAUCAUCCAUGGCCACCUCAACCGGUACCGGCUGGGCUCAGCUCCGGCAGCAAGCCCGAUCUCUCGAGACUCAGACCGAGAACCUCUUCCACACAUACUCUCAAUACGCCUCAUUAACGAAGCUCCCACCCACACCCUCGGAGGAAGAACAGCGGAUCGAAUCGCAGCUCAAAGACCUCCUAGAACGACGCGACUCUCUGAUCUCCCAACUCGCCCGCCUCCUCGACUCCGAAGCAACCCUCACCUCCUCCGCCCUCAAACAAAACAACCUCGCCCGCCACCGCGAAGUUCUCCACGACCACCGUCGCGAACUACAGCGUCUCAAAUCUGCCAUCGCCGAAUCCCGCGACCGCGCUAACCUCCUCUCCAACGUCCGCUCCGAUAUCGAUGCCUACCGCAACUCGAACCCGGGUCAGGCAGAAGCAGAUUACAUGCUUGAAGAGCGGGGUCGGAUCGAUGAGAGCCAUAAUAUGAUUGAUGGGGUGUUGAGUCAGGCUUACGCUAUCAAUGAGAACUUUGGUCUGCAGCGUGAGACGCUGGCUAGUAUCAACCGACGCAUUGUGGGCGCGGCGAACUCAGUGCCGGGCAUGAAUGCGUUGAUUGGGAAGAUCGGGUCUAAGAGGAGACGGGAUGCGUUGAUUUUGGGGGCGUUUAUUGGGUUUUGCUUUUUGAUGUUGCUUUGGUUGAGGUGAGGGUUGCUUUACUUUGUCUGAAGCAUGUUGUGUUUGUGUUUGUUGUCUGCGUUGUCUAUUGUGGGUUUGGGAUGGGCGUUUGGAGGAGUGAGAUUUGUCUCUUUGUUCUAUUCUUUCCUUUGUCUAUGCGCUUUCGUUGCGUCUAUACUAUACAGAGAUUAA